UGCCAUUAUGCCAUUGCCAUUUUCUCUGCUACAACUAGGUAGAGCCAUGUAGUUUAGCCCGUACUCGUGUGUGAGCUGCCACGAGAUAAAUUAAAGGAUAUCAUUGCGUUGCUUUGUAGGAUUUGUUAAGAAAAUGAGUGUGAAAGCUAGAUUUAACAGAGUUAAGUUAAGGUGAUUGCUUCUGGAACAACUGGGCUUUUGGUCUCAACCCAGAAGCAUAUGUACUGUACAGAUUAUACCAAAUAUGAUGAAAACGACAAGUUGCUCACAUGACCACAAUAGGCACAUUAUUCAUGGCCCCCACAAUUCAAGGUAGGUCAGCCAUAACUCCAUGGACUUGAUACAACAAGUUAAAGGCACUUAUUCUGAUAGCAGGGAGGAAGAGGAGGAAGAGGAAGUGACAGAGAUUAUUGGUAUCACAAGAGAACCGGAAAGCAGCAGGUUACACCACCACCAAGAUGCCGCAUCCAAUUUUGGAAAGAAGCUGGACCUGAUGGAGUUGUCACUGGGGAGCAGCAAGGAAGAGGAAGGGGAGGGAAAUUUGCAACAAGGAGGAGGAGGAGGAGCGGUUCAUCAUCAUCAUCACCAUCACCAACAACAGCAACAGCAUGAACAUCAUCAUCAACAUCAUCAUGAGGGUCACGGAACCUGUUCAAACACGAAGGAAGUAGUGGAGAAAGAACACAUGUUUGACAAAGUGGUGACACCGAGCGAUGUGGGGAAGCUGAACAGGCUGGUGAUACCGAAGCAGCACGCGGAGAAGUACUUCCCCCUUGAUUCGUCGUCGAACGAGAAGGGUCUGCUCCUGAAUUUCGAGGACCGGAAUGGGAAGGUGUGGCGGUUCAGAUAUUCGUAUUGGAACAGCAGCCAGAGCUAUGUGAUGACAAAAGGGUGGAGCCGUUUUGUGAAGGAGAAGAAGCUGGAUGCAGGUGACAUUGUCUCUUUCCAGCGUGGCCUUGGCGAUAUGUAUAGACAUAGAUUGUACAUAGAUUGGAGGAGAAGAACCGAUCAUGCCCAUCCCCCCUCUGAUCCCUCCGCCUCCCCUUUGUUUCUUCCCUCUAUCAGAUGGUACUCUCUUCCCGCCACCUCCCCCAUCGUCCCACCCCGCUACCACCACGAUCAUCACUUUCACCACCUCAAUUACAACAACCUCUUCACUUUUCAGCACCAACACCAGUACCUUGGUCAUGCUCAUGCUCACGGUGCUGCCGCUGCCACUGCCACUGCCUCCGCCCAUCAUCACAGCAACUAUGCCGACCAUAAUUCCGGAUCUGGACCUGGCUCACUCUAUUACCUCAGGUCCUCCGUGCCGAUGGGUACUGCUGCUGAUCAAAACUUGGCAGGCAGAGGGAAUAACAUUGUGCCCAUGAUCAUCGAUUCGGUGCCGGUCAACGUCGGUCAUCAUAAUCAUCGCCAUGGGCAUGGGCAUGGUGGCAUGUCGAGUGGGGGUGGUAGUUCUACCCCAAGUAGUGGAAAACGACUCAGGCUAUUUGGGGUGAACAUGGAGUGUGCCUCUUCCGGUGAAGAUUCCAAAGGGUUGUCUUUGGGUUCGGCAGCGCAUGUCGCAGUGGGAAAUUCAGUUCCUUCUUCUUCGUCUCUCCAGCAACGCCUGAGGAUGCCCCAUGAAGAACCCCUUUCUUCUUCAGCAAGGUUCGGUGAUCACAAAGGCGGAACCGGAACUUCUCUGCUGUUUGAUUUGGAUCCCUCCUUGCAGUAUCAGCAGUAGUCAUCAAAAUAAAUUCAACAUAUCCAUCAUCCACCAAUAAUGAAUGGAGAAGAUGCAGUUUCGGAGUUAGUUGGGCUAGCUACCCUCUCUUUUGCGGCAUUUGUUUUUUCUUUACUUAAUUUUCUCUCUUCUCUAUAUUUCUCUCUCGCCAGCUUGCUACAAAGGAAAGAGCUCCCAAACUUUCUUUAUAUUCUUCUUUCUCCUACUCCUAAUCAGUAGUAAUAUAUUAGCAGCAGGUAUAAGUUAGCGUUUGAACUUUUUGGUAUGAACUGAACUGCACGAAGAGUUAAUUAGCUGGAAUUCCAGUCUCAAAGGAAAUGAAAACAAAAAAAUCGUUUCAAGACCAAGAGAUGGAAUAUGAGAUCUCCAUUAGCUAGAACUUCAAUUGUGUAUAAUGCAACACAUAUAAUAUAUUAUAUUUAUAAUUUAUCAUAUUA